AGUAAAAAAUUAUUAUUCUCUGAGAAAAGAGGGUUUAAGAAGAGGUUUAUGAGUAGACAUGGGAAACUUCUUUUCCACACUUUCAGAUUCAGAUACAAACCCUACCUCCCCCAAUUCUACCACCACAAUCCCCAACACCAUGUCUUCUUCCACAGAAUCCUCACCGACCCACGAAUCAAAAUCCGAUCUUGAACCGACCCACGAAUCAAAAUCCGAAACUGAACUGACCCGUCAACCCGUAUCCGCUGAAACCCAAAACUCUAAAGAGGAAAUCAACACAGAAACCCAAGAAGAAAAUGGAGAAAAUGAAAAGGACAAAGAUACCAAUUUGGAAGAAGAAGAAGAAGAGGAGGGUGAAUGUGGGUUUUGUUUGUUUAUGAAAGGGGGAGGGUGUAAAGAUGCAUUUACCGACUGGGAAAAAUGCAUUGAAGAAGGGGAAAAGAACGAAGAGGAUAUUGUGGAGAAGUGUUUUGAGGUUACUUCUGCUUUGAAGAAGUGUAUGGAAGCUCAUAGUGAUUAUUAUGCCCCUAUAUUACAGGCUGAGAAAGCUGCUGAGGCUGAAUUGGAGAAGGAAUUGGACAAACAGAAGGAGAAAGAGGAGCAACGAAAUGAUGCUGAUGCUUCGGGAUCCGUGUCGGUGGACCCUACAUUGGACGGGAAUUCAAAUAGUUCUUAGCUAAAUCAGGGCUAGUAAGUCUCUGCAGAAUUAAAAAAAAAAAUCGAUCUUUUUAAAUUUUGGGGGUGGGGGUUAUAGGUGAUUUUGAUAAUUAAAAUGUCGGAAAUUUAGGAGAUUUUUUUUGAAUUGAGGGAAGAGAAUUAAGAGCUUUUGGAUAAUGCUAUAAUUCCAAUAGUUGUACUCAAUUUGCCUCAAAUUUUAACUUAUACGGGUUUUCUUGAACUGAAUAAUUAGUCGCACUUCUUUCGUGUCAUUGAGUGUAGACUCUAUAGUUUCUUCUGAAUUAUGAUAAUAAUGAUGCUGGAUUGAGUAGAAGACAUUUCCCAGCUAUGACAUUCAAUUCUUGAUCUGUAAGUUGUGUCAUUUGGUUAGUAGCUACUUUUGGAUAAAUAAAAGUUUGAUGUUAGUUUUUU